GAAAUAUUGAAGAUGUGUCAGACAUUGUCAGUAGUGACAGAAGUGGUGGGUAGGUAAACUAGAGGGAGUGAGAUCUGAAGAGGUUCACCCUGCCUCUUAUGGUCGCCGUUCCGCCACAUUGCCAAGAUGAUAUAUAAAUGUCCUGUGUGUGGGAAAGAAUUCCGAAGAAGAGUAAUUUUAAAUCUGCACAGAAGUUCUCACGCCAAAUUUAAAUAUAAGUGUCAGAUUUGUGGAAAGGUGUUUUUACUGCGGUACCAAGUUCUACAGCACCAGAGGCUCCAUGGAGCAUUUAAGUUACGUCAGUGUAAGACGUACCCAGAAGUCUACAAACAUCUGUCAGGACUGAUGAAAAAUUCACGUGCUGAUUUCAGUGGCUGGCCAUUUAAGUGUAAGAAAUGCCCAUCUAGUUUUCUCAAAUCCCCUUAUUUAUCUGCUCAUCUGUUCCGUGUACAUGCCAUUGUGACAAACAAAAAAACAUCUGCAUUGAUAAACACAAACUUCAGAAUGGUGGAUCAUGAAAAGAGUGCAUGGAAAAUUGGAUACCAACAACUAUUACCUGUAGGGAAGGAAUGCCACAAUGACCAGAAUGCCUCUACUUUGGGUUUGUUAUCCCAUGUGCAGCAAGGGGGAAUAAAUGACAAAUCCUCUGUGCGCAAUCAUGGACUAAGUGACAAAUCCUCUGUGCAGCAUCAUGGACUAAGUGACAAAUCCUCUGUGCAGCAUCAUGGACUAAGUGACAAAUCCUCUGUACAGCAUCAUGGACUAAGUGACAAAUCCUCCAUGCAACAUCAUGGACUUAGUGACAAAUCCUCUGUGCCACAUCAUGGACUAAGUGACAAAUCCUCUGUGCAGCAUCAUGGACUAAGUGACAAAUCCUCUGUGCCACAUCAUGGACUGAGUGACAAAUCCUCUGUGCAGCAUCAUGGACUAACUGACAAAUCCUCUGUGCAGCAUCAUGGACUAAGUGACAAAUCCUCUGUGCAGCAUCAUGGACUAAGUGACAAAUCCUCUGUGCAGCAUCAUGGACUAAGUGACAAAUCCUCUGUACAGCAUCAUGGACUAAGUGACAAAUCCUCCAUGCAACAUCAUGGACUUAGUGACAAAUCCUCUGUGCCACAUCAUGGACUGAGUGACAAAUCCUCUGUGCCACAUCAUGGACUGAGUGACAAAUCCUCUGUGCCACAUCAUGGACUGAGUGACAAAUCCUCUGUGCCACAUCAUGGACUGAGUGACAAAUCCUCUGUGCAGCAUCAUGGACUAAGUGACAAAUCCUCUGUGCAACAUCAUGGAGUUAGUGACAAAUCCUCUGUGCAGCAUCAUGGACUAAGUGACAAAUCCUCUGAGCAACGAUGUGGACUAACUCGCACAACAGGAACAUCACAGAAAAGUCCACUCCCGAGAAUAUUGUUAGAGUCACCUAGAAAAAGUCCUGGACAGUUGGCGAAACAAAGAUUGUUGAAAAAGUAUCAGCGUUUCCAUAACAGUUAUCCUGUGGGCAGAAGGUUGUGUUUGGACAAAAACCCUUCUGCUUCUGGAUCCGACCAUCAAAAGUCCCCCAACAGAUACGAAGAGCUUACAAUGCCGAGACUCAGAGAGAUAAAAGUUGUUUUAGAAGAUGUGCGUUUUAAUGGAAACAACGGAGUAAAAGUCUUAAAUAUUCACCAGAACCAGACAACUCUGCCACAUAAUUCUGAGCUCCGUGCGUCCUGUUAUGGUGAAGAGGAGGACUUGAUUCUGCAGUUAUCAGACACUUCGGAUGUGGAGGAGGACUCCAUGCCUCAUCUCCACAGAGUCUCCUCUGAAGAGAAGGCUUGUGACUCUGAUGACUGGCAAAGUGAUACAGAGGGUAGAAGUGAUAAAGCAGCAGUGUCAGUUAAAACAGAUGGUUUCAAGGAGAGAGAGGGGCUUUUUGAAGUGUUGCAACAUGAGCACGUUAGAUCAGGUAAAAAGAGAGUUGAUUACGAAGUGAAUGACAAAGAAUCUUCAUACAAAAAACACAGAACACAAUCAGAUAAAGUAGGACUUAAUGGUCUUAUACCACUGAAAAGUCGUAAACAAUCUUCAACAUGGGGCAAAGUGAAUAGCAUACAUCAUCGGACAGGCAUCUUUUCUAUGCCAGAUUUGAUCAUGGUUAGUGAAUGGAGUAGAGUUGAUGACAAUGAGAGUAUACAGGACAAAAGCAUGCCAAACCUUCAGGGAUCUAAAAACUUCUCCACUUCUGUGUCAAAGGGAGAGGAGAGGACAAUUCCAAAGUUAACAUUGAAAAAGCUUCCGAAACCUUUUGUCUCGGAUUCUUCACGAGUGAUGCAUAAGGACAGCAGUAUAUCACAACAGAGCGAGAAUAAUAUCAAUAUGGACAGGAAGGUGACUCCGGCAGACUUUAUUCAUUCCGCUUGCUCUGAGACACCGUCCACUUUGUCAAAUCUGAGGAGAAUCCACCACUGUGAUAGAAAAUGUGCCCCUCCAUGCUGCGAGCGCCCUGACAGCCCUCAUCUGCCUGUCUCAGGAGCAGGUAGGCUGAAUGAGCAUGCGCCCUCCCGAACAAAGCGCCAUCACAGAAGCGCGUCAAGUUUAAUGACAGAUCUCUCUGAGCUGAAGCAUGAUCGAGAAGAUCAGGCAGAGGUUUACCCUGACAGCCUGUCGUCUGUGGAGGAUUUAUGGGAAGGUUCCAUGCAAACUAGACCUUGUGCAUCUUCAUCAUUUCUUCUAGAGCGCCGAAUGAGUUGCCCUAACGCAGUGUCAUCAGAGUAUGUUUCAGUUAAGCGUCGAAGACACAUGACCAUCUCAGGAAAGGAUGAAGAUCCUCGGCAACCAUGUGUUGCUAGGGAACGGAGACGCCGCCCAAAACCCUUGUCUCACAGAUGUGCUUGCUGUAUGGACCAAGGAAGCAGCAGAAAAAGGAAAAAGCGUAAAUACAGAAGAAGAGAGAAGGCAUUUGAUUGGGAGAUUCCAGAAGUGUUGUCCAGAGAACAGACAGAUUUUAUUCACAAUGUUACACUCUUGAUAAGUUUAAGACACAAGGUUUAUCGCCUUUGUCAGGUUCUGUUUCCUAAACUGGCCUCUGUUUGGCAACUUGAUCCCGACACAGAACAAAUUGACAUGUUGGUCAUGGAAAUAACGGAUGUCACAAGGACAGUGUCAUCUAAGUGGGAAAUGGACACGCCAACUGGUGGCAGAAUGUGCCAGGAUAGUGGUGGAAUCACAUUGAAGUCAGAUAACAGUGAAGAAACUGUGGACAAACCUGACAUGACUUUGGGCAAUGUCUGUGAGUUCAACUGUGAUAUUCAGGGAAACAAUGGGACAGUGGUGGAGAAAACUCAGACUAGUUCUGAUGAAACCUCAGUUAAGAUAUUUUCAAAAAGCAGAUCAAAUUCACCAGAUAUGAAUAGGUCUUUUCCAUCUUUGUGGAAGGAGGAAAACGAUGUUUCAGACAGAUGUAAACAGGCCAGUGAGUCAGAUCAAAUAAAGGGGUAUGGAGGUUUUGAGGACACCCACCCAGAUUUGACCGAGGAUCUCAAUAGUGAACCACUGAUUCCAAAUCUAAACUGCUGUGACAUGAUAAAAGGUGAUACCAAAGAGUUGAGGUCUCCAGCUUGUGAUGGUGACAUAGAGGAUGAGUUACCUUUGUUAGAAUGCUAUGCUAGCCAGUUGGACUCUGAGGGCCUAGCCCAAGAUCCUGAGUCAACUGUAACAGACAGCACAGACAAUCUUUGGGGAAUCAGUGUCCUAGAAACCAUUCAAGAGGAACCUUUGGCUGUGGGUGUAUCUCGAUUGAACCAUGACUCUACCUGUGAGAGCCUCAGUACACACCCUUUUUCAGGGCCUGUGAGAGGACCUGAAUAUAGUCCCUGGGGAAGCACUGCUAAUGAGAGCUGGGAGGGUGAGUUUAUGAAGUAUCUGAGAGGUCACUCUGUGGCACCCGUUGGCAACCCAGAAGGUUCAGCCAAGAGCAGUCUGGACAAGACUGAUAAUCCAGGCACAUCUAAACAAACUCAGUCCCCAUCAGAAGUCCUUGAUUUUCGUAUGUUGAACACCCAUGUCACCCUUUGCAAGAACCCAUAUCUGUGUUUGACUCGACUUAGGAAAAAGGUUAUUCUCUUGCUGAAACCUUUGUUGCCCAAUCUUACCUUUGAGAAUAACUUUGACAAGUUCAGUGAUGAUGUGGACAUGCUUGUGGAACUUGUUAUUCAGAGCAAUGAAACUAAAGAGGCUAGAGCCACGCAUUCCGGAGUUGACUAGUACACUGUGGAAACAUUGAGUUGAGCAUAACAUGAGAAGUGAAAAAUCUGGACAGCUCAUGGUUUGGUGUCAUACAUGUAGCUUGUUAAGCCUGGGCAGCUCAUGGUUUGGUGUCACACAUGUAGCUUGUUGUUACAUGGUUAUCAUCUCGCCCUCAGUCUACGCUGCAUACUGUACGCUGUCGCAUUAAACAGCAUAGUGUGAAACAAAAGCUUGUUGAGUUAAAAUUUGAAAUGUUUAUUUUGUCUGUUAAUUAUUUAGGUGUGUAACAUUAAAAAGAACAGCAAUACCAGUCAACUAAACAAAACUAUACUUGUUUAUAUGAGAAUAAUUAUUCGUUAUAUUAAAAGGCAGCAAUGGUCAUUUGAUAUGUAGAUAUAUGUAUUGUGUAUGUCCUACCCAAACCAGUACAUUUGUAAGUAACCAUGUUUCAAAUAUUAAUUUAUUAAAUGGGAAUUAUAAUGCAUCAAGCUUGUAAUUUGUUUUAAGGCAAAUUCAUUUAUGGCAAGAUGGUAAAUUUGUCUUCAUCUUUUUUUAUAAAUACAUAUAUGGUGUAAAGGUACCAAAGAGAAAAUGAGUGAUGCACAGGGGUACAGUAUUUGUUUAAAACUAAGCAGACAAGUUAAAACUUUUCCAGGGCACUAAAUUUUUGACUAGUAAUCUGGGUGUUACUAAGUGGAGGCAAUUACAUUAGCUUUCCAGAAGCUAUUACGAAGUUAAAUGCUGUAUGUUGUGGAAGAGAUUGAAAUUAUUCAGAAGAAGUGUUUGAGUUCACCAUGGAUUGGAAAGGUGUUAAAUGAUUGCAGUAAGAUGUUAUAGUUAUCGCUUCUGGAUCAAUGCUGUAUCUCACCUUAAGUUUAGCAUUUUAAAGUGACAUUUUGCUUGAUUCUAACAUUCGUCAAUAUUAUAGGGCAACUGAAAAGGUUUAUGUAAAGUUUGAUGACUUAUCAGAAAAAUAUUAAGAAAAAUUCAAGUGUUUUCAUGAAAAGUAUAAUUUUGAGGCCUUUAUUUGCUUCUUAAAUUGCUAUCUUACGUACCAAACUUUGGGUGUAAUACAGUAGUUACUGUAAGUACCGGUAGUUACUGUAAAUACGGGUUGGCAAUAUUGUCAGUGGAAAACAAAGCUUAAUACCUUCAGAAAUCCUAAACCUUUCCAGCUGUACAUGGCAAAGUGUAAUCUGUUUAUCCAAGGAUAAACCGGGCUUUACAUGCAGUUUAAAGAGAAAUCAUUCUCUUUAUGAUCCAUUGGAGAACUUGAUCUACAUUUUAAGGUCACUAUAAAAGUAAAUGAAUUAAAACUGCACUCAUUGCUGGAUACCUGGUGUGGUGUCCUUCAGAAGUACAAAAAGUCAAAUGGCCCAAAAUUUGAACAUGAGAUUUCGAUGGUUGUGAGAUGUGAACCUGAUUUACAGUUGCACAAUGAAGGCUCAGCUAAAAUCUGAUGUUCACAAACUUUCAAGCUCCAGUUGUAAACAGCAUCUACUUUGUUCUACACUCAUAAUAUCAGUGGCCUAUCUCCUCAUUCUUUACUUGAUCACCCACUGAUUAAUAUAGAUGCAUUCUCUGUUAAAACAGCUUUGUGACCUAGUUAUCAGAGAGCCAAUCAGAUAGCCGAAAUUACUGGAAGACUUUGAAAAUCUAUUCACAAAGUGUUAUUGGACGGUUUAUGUCAUGUGAUCCAAUUGAAAGCUGACUGACUCCAUGUGCUGGAAAACUAAAUGAAUAAUCAAGGAUAUUAAUUAAGAAAUUUCAACAUCAUCAUAUUGAACUGAAACGUUAGUGUUUCAGAUGGCUGGUCAAGCAAAUAUGGUGAAUUUGAAAGAAGAUAGGCUUGUGUGUUCGCCAGCUGGCAGUGAAAAGUCAUUGUGCUGGUCACUUGUGUUGUGUUGACUCAAAGUCAAGACAACAACAACAGCCGAUCUUCCAGUUCAUCCAAAUGUUAGAAGACUACUAUACUGUUGUUAUAUUCCCACCUGUCAGCAAGUGGAUAAACUCAGUGCCCGUGGGUUUCCAGCAGUAAGUGUGAUGGGAAGUUUAGUCAGGGACAUAAUCGCCGCAAAUCUGGGGAAACAUUCUUCAUAUGACAGCUGUUGUGUAGCUGCGUUUCGUUGGUUGAGGCAACUUGUAAAGAUUCACGUCACUGGGAAUUCCCGAAGUUGACCUAUAACGGAGAAUGGAACUACAUCAGUGGGUGAUGGAGUAAAAAAUGACGAGACAGGCCACUGAUAUUCUGACUGUAACUUUGUUCAUGUCAUUUGAUUAAUUCGUCUCAAAUAUCAGUGAAAUUACUCUACACAAAUUCCCACACUCUUAUUUAGAUUUAGACUUUUUUAUCCUUUGCAUGUAGCCAUGGCAACCUACGGCAAACUACAUGGCAAAAUACUCAAAUUUGGACAUUCCUUAAGCUGUGUUGUCUUUAUCGUUUUAUGAUUUUAGUGAUGAAAUGCCACUAUUUAUAACCAGUUUUAACACCAAUGAGGAAACAGAAUAUGUCGGCCCCAUUACAUGUACCUGAGCACAGCAUCAAACAUGUAAAUAACUCUAAGUGAUUGUAAUUGCCCAGUGGCAUUUCUUCAUUCUAGACAGCGUUCACUUCUGUUUCCGCACAUUUCAUGAUAUAUCAAGAUAUACAGAUAAAUAUUGCCUUUAUAUCACGCUGUCGACAAUGCUGGUCAGCUUGCACAGUAUCAGGACGUAUGUACUGAUGUUAAAGGUAAUCAUUGAGGUUGUUUAUAAUUAUUACAGUUUGUUAUUCAGAGUUAUGUAUUUGUCUA